AUGAAUAUCGUACCGCACAUAAAUGCCCUUUUUGCUCCAAGGCCUCCACUCGAGUUCAAGCAACCCUACUCUCAGCAAGUUGGCAAGAAGCGUAAGCUGCCGUAUGAAGGUAUUGCCAAAUGUUUGGAUAGUUUUGAAACGCCGGAUGAGUACGAAGAAAAUUUCAAAAAGUUCAAACCAAUCGAACAGCGUAAGGAAAGGAGAGAGAGAAUAGCUGAGGAACGCAAGACUCUCAGCCAAGACACUGUGAAAGCCAAGGCGGCGGCAUGGGAUCCGAGCAGCUACAGCUUUGAGAGCGAUGCAUAUAAGACACUCUUCGUGGGAAGGCUUAGUUUCAUGACUGAUGAACACAAGCUCAAAAGGGAGAUGGAACAGUACGGCCCGGUCAAAAGCGCAGUGCUUGUCUAUGACAAGGAUACGUCGAAGCCUCGAGGAUAUGGAUUUGUUGAAUUUGAGCAUGAGCGGGAUAUGAAGACUGCGUACAAGCAUGCAGAUGGACGUAAAAUCGAUGGUCGGCGUAUCCUGGUAGAUGUUGAGCGCGGGAGGACAGUGAAAGACUGGAAACCGAGAAAGAUUGGUGGUGGUCUAGGCUCAAGCAGG